AUGCAGAACAGACUGAGAACCAGGAGUAUGCUAGUGGAUUGGGGCAUUUGCCAGGACAAUACUUGUUUACUGUGUGGUAAUGCUGUUGAGGAUAGGAAGCAUCUGUUUUUUGACUGUGAUUAUAGCAGGAAGUGCAUUAGUGGUAUUAGUGCUUGGUUGAAUAUCCCUGAGUUUCUGUUUAACAUUGAUACCUCCUGGAAAUAUUGGGGAGAGAAGAUGCAGGAUCCUAUUAAAAGGAAGGUCUGCUAUGCUGCUUUGGCUGCUGUGGUGUAUCAGAUCUGGUAUGCAAGAAACAAAGCAUUUUGGUUAAAGGUUAUUAUUCACCCAAGGGCAGUGUGCAGAGUUAUCUGUGCUGAAGUUGUGAAGAGAUGCAGGCAGUUGAUCAAUUGUAAAUGGAAAAGACAGCAUUGUAAAUGGUUGUAUAGCUUACAAGUUUCGUGUUGUAGCUAG